AUGGGUGAAAAUGGUAAAAUUGAGGAUUUAGUCGGUUAUUCGGAUACCGAAGGUGAAGAGGAUUAUUUUGAUGAUGAUACCGUUGUUGAAAAUACCGAAGAACCCAUUGAAGAAACCCAAAAUAUACGUGCGGAAAAUACUGCAAAUACUGAAAUAGAUCAAGAUUUCGAUAACGACGCCGAUGAUGAGAGAUACGAUAACGACACCGGUGAUGAAAGAUCCAUGAAUGUGUGUAAUGAUGUUGUUGAUGAUGAUGACGAAUUAGAUGAUAAAGUAAUGCAAGGAUUCUUAAAACACCUUAUGCAAUUACAAGAGCAAAUGGAGAAGAAAAAGAAAGAAAGUCGUUUUCUUCCUUGUAUUUCAAAUUAUAUGAAAUUAGAUUUUGAGCAAAGAAGCGAGCGAAUUUCACCCACAAUUAUCCGUCAUCUGCUUCACGUAUGUAGAUUAAUUCUUACUAACACGUUCGACAACAUUAAAAUAGAUAAUGGAGAUCGUGGUGUUUUAGAACAUAUUACGAGUAAAGAUUGUCCCAAGAAAGAUAUAAAAUAUACGCUUGUGGAAGAUAUACGCAUUCAUAGUUAUAUUCGGAAAGCCGUCAGACAACUUGAAGACAUCAAGAAAAAAAAUCCGAACAUAAAUGGGAGAAGAAGUCAAACGGUUAGCGUUAAUAGACGCAAAUAAAUUAAAUAAUUUAAUGGACAUGCUUUCGAAAAAUAAUGCAAGGGAUGAAUUAUUAAACAGUGUAAAACGUAGUAGUGAAGAAGCGGGUCUUAUCGAAAGUCGUCAACAGGCUAAAAAAUCAGUGAAAGAUAAUUCUUCCCUGGCAGGCAACGAUAUUAUUAAUUAUCUACGCAAAGCAGAUAGUUAUCGAAAAUCUGUGGGUCUUGAUAGCACAGCCCCUGAUGAUGGCGACGAUGCUGCACAAGCACCCCCGGUUACCGCAGGACCCAGUGGUGCGGGACAUAAACCCGGUACCGUCGCUUAUGCAAUGUCGAAAAUUGAUGAACAUUUUCAAAAACAUUCUGUAAAACCCACAGAUACAGGAAUUAAAACAAAAGAUAGUACUAUAAACAUAUCUUAUCAAGAUAUGAUGGAAGAUUUAACACGAAAUUAUACUCAAACAACACCGAAUUUAACUGAUGCCCGUCAACGUCGUGUGCUAUUAUUAUUAAAAAAAACAAAUAUGCCCAUUUCCUAUAUACGCAAUAAAAAAAUGAAAGAACAAUACAGACAGCUGUUAAACCGUGAUAAAAAUACACCGUUGCCCCUAUAUAAAAAUCCAUACGCUACACCACAGGCACAGACAAGCAAGACGGGUAAAGAUAAAGGUAAAAAGAAACGGCUUUAUUUACAGGAUUCCUCAUCGGGUUCAGAACAAUGA